ACUGGUUAAGCGGAGGCACUAACACAGGAAAGCUCAGGCUCCAGGGAAACAACACUGGGAGGGAAAUGGGGGAUGUAGUUUAGUGCAGGUGUCAGCAAACAUUUUCUAUAAAAGACCAAAUAAUGGAUAUUUUAGGCUUUGCAGGCAACAUGCUUUCCAUCAUGAUCACUCAGCUCCAUCAUUGUAACAUAAAUGCAGCCAUUAACAAUAUGUCAAUGAAUAGAUAUACCUGUGUUCUGGCUGUGGGCCAGAACAACAGGCUAAGAAAACUAUAGGCCCUGAGAAGCCAUCAGAGGUCUGUGAGCAGGAGGAUGGCAUUGUAACAUUACCAAAGCUGUGUAUUUGGAAAGGAAUCUGGCCCUUAGCGUAGUACUAGAAUUGGAGGAAGUGGAGUUCAGUGUGGAAAACACAGCUGGGAGGCUGUUACAGUGUUUUGGGUUAAGAGGACAGAAUUAGGGUACUGAGUGAGAGUAGAAAUGAGAAGGAUAGAUUUAUAGGGCAUGGCAACUGAGUGGCUGCUGAGAGAAAUGGAGAGAGCUAAAAUUGUUUGUAUUUUGGGUGUCUUUUAAGAAAUCUUUUGAUUUCUGAUUCAGGCAAUUCUUUUUGCCUUGAGAGGUUUCGUCCUAGGGAAUUAGCCAAUCUCACUUGCUCAAGUUGUGUAGCUUGGUUUAAUUUUAUCAAACUGAACUCCUAUUUCUGGGAAUUUAAAACAAAUUACUCUGGUUUUGAUUUUUAUCAUCUGUCAGACUGCUAAGAUUCGGAAAAGCCUGAAUCCAUUUGAAAGUUCUCCGGCAUCCUACUGUUCGUUUGGUUCUUCCCGAUCCUUCUCUCGCGAUAUUUGGAAACCGGAAGCGAUUUAUAUUGCCGCAGACUCAACCAGCCUAUGGCUGCGUUACUGUUGGCGGGAGCAGGGCGAAGUGUCAGGUCCUCGCUGCUCGGCCCGGGCCGGCGCUGGUCCAGCGAGCUGCGGGCAGCUCCCCGCCGCGGGCGGCAGGAUGCGGGUGGCUGUGGCCGGCUGCUGCCACGGCGAGCUAGACAGGAUCUAUGAGACGCUGGCGCUGGCCGAGCGGCGCGGCCCGGGGCCGAUAGACCUUUUGCUGUGCUGCGGCGACUUCCAGGCGGUGCGCAACGAGGCCGACCUGCGCUGCAUGGCCGUGCCGCCCAAGUACCGCCACAUGCAGACCUUCUACAGGUAUUAUUCAGGAGAGAAGAAGGCCCCAGUUCUCACAGUUUUCAUUGGGGGAAACCAUGAAGCAUCAAAUCAUUUGCAAGAGUUACCCUAUGGUGGCUGGGUGGCACCAAACAUUUAUUAUUUAGGUUUGGCAGGUGUAGUAAAAUACCAAGGUAUAAGGAUUGCUGGUAUCUUUGGUAUCUUUAAAUCUCAUGACUAUCAAAAAGGUUUUGUUCUGAGAAUGGUUUUUAAACAGUUGGCCAAGGAUAAAGGACAGACAGCCAAAGCAACCAAAUUCUUAGCCUUGGACAAAUGCUUACCACACAGAGACUCUCUUCAGGUAAUAGAAAUAGAACAUGACCCCAGUGCUCCUGAUUACUUGGAGUAUGAUAUUAAGUGGCUUACUAUUCUCAGGGCUACUAACAGUCUUGUUAAUGUGACAGGGCGCCUAUGGAAUAUGCCUGAAAAUAAUGGCCUGCAUGCAAGAUGGGAUUAUAGUACAGCUGAAGAGGCAAUGAACGAAGUAUUGGAAAAAUUAAAUCAUGACCUCAGAGUUCCAUGUAACUUUAGUAUAACAGCGGCUUGUUAUGAUCCUGGAAGGCCACAAAUACAAAUGCAGUUGGUUCAUAGGAUCAGUCCUCAGAAAACUGAAUUUUGUGCCCAGCUUGGCAUCACUGACCUUAAUGUCAGGCUUCAGAAGGCCAAGGAAGAACAGCACUUGUGUGGCGACUCUGAGGAGCAAGACGUGGAGAGUAAUGACUCUGUGGAAGACCCUAGUGAAUAUAACACAGACACAUCUGCCCUGUCCUCCGUUAAUCCAGAUGAAAUAAUGUUAGAUGAAGAAGAGGAAGGGGAAGAUAGCACUGUAAGUGCAUAUAGUGACGUGAAUACGCCAUCGGCAGAAUCUUCUUCUGAUCAAGCUUCUGACUUUUCUGCAAGUUUCUGUGAUGUCAGGAUCUUGCCCGGUUCCAUGAUUGUAUCUUCUGAUGAUACACCGGGUUCCCCAGUUGGCAAAGAGGGGAGACCUGGUGAGGCUGGGGAGUCGAGGGAUGGAAAGGACUUACCUCAGGUGCUGUUGAAGAGGUUGAGUGAUGAACAUGAACCAGAGCAAAGAAAGAGAAUUAAGAGGAGGAAUCAAGCCAUCUAUGCCACAGUGAUGGUGUGAUGCAGCAUAAGGCUGUUUACUCGUCUAAGUGUUUAAUGUAGAUACAUGAUUUUUGAGACCAUAUUUUUAGAGUUGGAUUUUUGACUCAAGAUUUAACUUUGUAAUAAUGAAGUUAUAUAAGAGAAUUUUAGCAAGAUAUCAACAUUGUCUUUAGGCCUUUGUCUUUGUAUGUUUCAGAUAAGUAUUAAAAUUUCAUAUGUUAGAGAUUGAAUGCCCUUAUUUUGGAAGACAUACAUUAUCCACUUUCAUUAUUUUCAGCACUUACUGAACACCUAAUUUGUACCAGGUUCUCUUUUAUAAGAUGGCACUAUAAAGAUGAGUAAGACAGGGAUUUUUGCCUUCAAGGAGUCACUACCAUUAUAAAUACUUUGGUGUGUAAAAUAUGGCCUAUUUAUAUUUUGUUUUAUAAAGGUAGGUCAUUAUUGUAUAUAUAAUUAUGUAUGCUUCCUUUUCAUUUGUUAUAAAUAUUUUCCUUAGCUCUUAAUGUCUAUCAAUUGAAAUUGAAGGUGGUAGAUAAAACUUCAGGAAAUAAAUUACUUUGAAUACUAAACAUUGGUAAACAUAAAAUCUUACACUUCAUUGCUGAAAUUAAUAUAACCCUGUUGACAUUUUAGCUUUAGCUUUAAUUUUAAUGUAACUGUACAGGUCAUUUCUGUCACAGUUCAGUUUAGAAUUAAUUACUCUCAGGGUCAAGGUGCUCUCAUGCUGCCCUCAUGCUGCAUAAUGGAUUGCUAGUAUUAAAGUACUUUUAAAGAUCCAUGUGGAAAAACUGCACCUCUGUCUCUCUUUAAAAUGCCUUGAACACCUGAGGAGAUGGUCACCCCACGCUUUGGAUCCGGAGUCAUGGAAUGCAGAGACUCUUCCAGGAUCUCAUCAUCCCACAGCAGCCAAAUCCAGGAGCCAAGCGAGGAGAACGAUGCAGCAGUUGGCUUCCAUCUUGUCAGCAUUUGACUUGGAAAAGUCUAGGACUUCACUGCCUUCUGCUUGUUGUUUACUUUCUUUUUGCAUUGAGUAUUGACUUCACUUAUUUUAAUUCUCUUUAUUUACAUAAAAAAUUUAAAAGCUACAGAUUUCCCUCUAUCACUGAUUUAAUUGAAUCCCAUAAAUUCUGACAGUGUUUUCCCAAAAAUUCUUAAUAAAAUAAAAGGAGAAA